GGGGGCGGGAGAGGGUGGGGGGGGGACGCGCCCCCCGUGCGGGGCCUGCGGCGGGGGUUGCCGGAUAAAGCGGUGCCGGCCCCUCCGCCUGCCGCCACAGGGGCGGCCGGGACGGGGCCCAGCCGGGCGGGCCCGCCAUGGCGAGCCCCGCACGCCCGCGGCAGGAGCUGGCGACGGAGGAGCAGCGGCGGCGGCUCCGCGGACCGGCCCCGACGGUGCCCUGCGAGGCCAAGAGGGAGGCGGCGGCGGCGGCGGCGGAGCGGCUGCUGCUGCUGGAGCUGCGCCGCUGCGGGCGGCCGCCGUCCCCCGUCCGCGGCGAGCGGCGGGAGGAGGGGGAGGAGGAAGGAGAAGAGGAGGAGGAAGAGGAGGAAGAAGAAGAAGAAGGAGAAGAAGCGGCGGCGGGCGAAGGCUGUUGUAGCAAGUGCAAGAAGCGGGUGCAGUUCGCCGACUCGCUGGGGCUGAGCCUGGCCAGCGUCAAGCACUUCAGCGACGCCGAGGAGCCGCAGGUGCCGCCCGCCGCCCUGUCCCGCCUGCAGAGCCCGCCCGGCCAGGAGCGGCACGCACCGCCGCCCGGCGAGGAAGCCCCGCCGCCCGCCCUCCGCCUGCUGCCCGACUUCCCCGACGGCGGGGAGCCCAGCGCCGAGCGGCUGCGGCGGCAGCGCGUCUGCCUGGAGCGGCUGGGGCGGCCCCCGGCGCCCACCGACGUGCGGGGCACGGUGCGGGUGCUGGGCUGCCCCGGCCCCAAGGAGGUGACGGUGCGCUACACCUUCAACGAGUGGCUCUCCUUCCUGGACGUCCCCGCCGCCCUCCUGCCCCCGGCCCCGGCCACCGCCGGCGACCCGCCGGCCGAGCGCUACGGCUUCAGCCUGUGCGUCCCGCCCAGCCUGCGGGAGGGCUCGGCCCUUCACUUCGCCAUCCGCUACCGCAGCCCGCAGGGCGAGUACUGGGACAACAACGGUGGCCGCAACUACACGCUGCGCUGCUGCGGCUGCCCCGGGGCCGGCCCCGCGCCGCCCCCCGCCGCCGCCGGCUGCCCGCCGCCCCCCGCCGCCCCCCGCUACUGAUGGAGCCGCCACGGCCCCCGGCCCGGCUCCGCAGAGCGACAGCCGAGGCAGCCCUCCCGGAGACUACCGAAAUCUGGUGGUUUUUAAGCGGGCGCUUCAGUUUUGCCAGCGAGACACGGAUGAGCCUAGGCUCGCAUUGCUGUGCCUUGUGGAAUCGUGUUCCUUUUGGGUUUGGUUUUUUUUUUUUUUUGGAGAGAAGAAGGAGACUGAUUAGUGUGGGCUUUGCUUUUCCCCUCUUGAAGUGAAUUUUUGAGGUCUUGAUUUGGGCUUGACUUCCCUUACCCAGUUAGUCAGCGAUACACGGAGCACUCGCGUGAAAACUUAGCGGCGUGUUCUCUCCAGAUUUAACUUAGCAUCCCAGUUUUCCCAUUCUCACAUCCAUUUCAAAGACAUAGUACUGCGACAGCAAUGGUGUGCUUUGUUUGUUUUUUUUUAAUUAUUAUUUUUUUAGUUCAAUGGACUCCAUAACAAUAUGAUUCACUGCUGUGAUCACCUGUCAGACUCAUGACAGGCUUGUGUGCCCGUCCCACCUUUGCCAUGCCUGUGGCAACUCUGAACAACAGGCCGUCGUUGUGGGGCUGGAUCCGAGACUGGACUGGGCUGCUCUGGUUUUUGUCAUUCAGCACAUUUUGAUACCGCUCCCUGCCUUCCCCGGGCUUGUGUGUAGAUCCCAUCUGGCUAAUAGCAGCCAACAGGGACUUCGGCAAAAAUAUUUUUGCUUAAAAUAGACUGGUGGCUUCUUUUCACACCAUUGACAAGUCUAGAACCGGGACAAAGGAGGAGUUAAAAAUAUUUGCUGAUGCUGGGCGUAUCAGGAGAACUUUGGUAACACCUUUGGGUAAUGCACUGUAAAGUAAAAAAUGGUGUCUGUCUCAUACACAGUUCUGUGUUUUCAGAUUUGGGGAGCUGUGACUGAUGCGGAUGACCUUCUCACUGAGGAGUGACCAUGCAAUAUAAAGAGGGUGUCCUCAGUAAUGAAUGAAAACAAGUGCCUUAGAUCAGCUCUCCUUGUGUUACAUUUUGCACCACAUUUCUCAAGUAUUUAUAAUUUAUUUGACUUAUUUUGCUACAUCUUUUUCAGUAUUUGUAUGUUGUUGGGAAAGGGGUUUGUGUGCACACCGUUGGACGUUAUAGCACUGAACACUUGAAAUGAUUUACAUAGUCUUCACUCUUGCUUUGCAAGCCUAGAGGUUGACUACUACUGGUGUCCCGAGUCCUGAAAUGAAGCAAAAAGUACCAAUGAACAUGGGUUUGUAAGAAUAAAAAAAGCUUUGAAAAAGUUAAAAAGCUCACCAUUACAAAUCUCUUUUCUGUGUAGCAAAAUGUAACGGGAUACUUCGCUUCGCAGCCUGGUUGUGCCCCUCCCCUAAAAAGGGGGGGUCAAGCUGUUAGUGUCCCUCAGGAUAACCAGGGGCAUGCCCGUCCGUAAGCAGCAUUCAGGGCCGUGGCUGAAAAUGACGGUGGUCCUGCCAGAGCCACAAGGCAGAUCUCCCUGUAAGUGCAUGACAGCUCAGUAUGAUCUUGUAACAGGCAGAGCUGUGAGGAAGCUUUACUGGCACAGGUGCAAAAUAGGCAGGUUUUGGCUGAAUUUUGUUCUGGCUCUUCUGCGGCUUUGACUCUACUUGUUUUAUUCUGAUAGAAUAUCUGAAGAUAAUUUUUUUGAGGAAUAAGGUAGGUAAGACAUUGUCAGAAUGCAGAUGUUCUGACGUGGAUGUAUGUCAAGACCUUGGAAGACUAUUUUCCUUUUUAAAACAGCAUACUGUGAGUUUUCUCAGGUCUACAUUUUCUCUGAAGAUGUAAAACACUUUAAAGCCCAUUAUGAGCACUUUAGAAAAAUUUGCACCGCUAUAAAAUUCCCCAUACUUGAAACUAAGUCUUUGGAUAACCUGCCUCUCGAGAGAGCCAGUACAAAAUUGGAGAUAGAAGCAGGGUGCUGUCUGGGGAAAAGACGUGAGGCAGAGGGAGCUUCAGACUAAAGUUCCUGCAGUUUUGCUAACAUGCACGCGGCUUCUGGGACGCCGCCUGCCCUCUCUCCCCCCUAAAAAACCCGUACAGAAACCACAGUGUGAGAAUAUGGCCAAAUAUAAAGAGGGGUUUUAUUCCUUCAUAAACCAUCCUUGCUGUCAGAACGGUGCCCAUCAGCGCGCAGAAUAACAGCUUUGAAAAUGCACAGAGUAAAAGCUCCAUGCGGGCAAACAGAAAGAAGUUCUUACUGUUGUUUUCCAAGUUACAUAUAAACUCUCACCAAAAGCAUGGAAGUUUUUAAGGGAGAAUAGUAAACUUGACUACUUCCCUACGCAGGUUUGUUUUAAAACUGUCGUGCAUUACAGGAUUACAGGAUAUUCCAUGGAAUAUUCUGAUACGAAUUAGCUUUUCUUCAGCUCGUUGUGUCAAUGAAGUGGUGUGCUCUUAAGCUGAUACGUGAUGCUAACAGCAUUAAGAUUGGUUCUUCAUUUAAGUACGGUGUGAUAUUUGGGGCUUCUGGAGCCCAUUCCUUAUUCUGUGCUUUGUUUAUUAAUUGCUUUGGAGAAGAAGGAAACUUUGCCAAAAAAAGGGAGGGAUCUCUCUUUAAAGGAGUAUCUGUAUUCUGAUGGCUGCGUCUGGGCAGAGGUGCGGAGCUGAUACCUUGAAGAAUCGCAGCUACCCCCCACUCUCAUUGAUAGAGGGCUGGGAACGCUCUCUGGUAGCCUUUAAGCUGUGGGCAACGGCUGUAAAACACUCACUAUAGGCAAUGGGUGUAAAACACCCACUAUGGGCAAUGGGUGUAAAACACUCACUAUGGGCAACGGCUGUAAAACACCCACAUCACAAAACAUAACAUCUAUCUGUUCUCUUCAGACGUGUGAUGUGAAAUUCAAAGCACAAGAAAGUAUUUGCUCGGACUAAACAGUCUAAACAGGACUAAAACAGACUAAAUUGGUGCCAGUCUAAAAUCCUGCAAAUUGUGGUAAUUAAAGCACAACAUUUUUGUGGUUUUAUAACAGGUGAAUUGCUUUUAUUUAUUAUUAAGAAUUACUUUUUUGUGAAUGCAAAGGGGGAACCUCUCUCCGAUGAGAAUCAAACAUACACACUUUUUAAUAGAUAGUACAUUUUGGUGCUUUUACGGUAUUACAGAAGCAUAGCUUUCCCAAGCAGGUUUCAAAGACUGCCUACACACAGUUCUCCGCGUUUCCAUAGAGGAGGGUACUGGGAGCUACAGAAAUGCAAGGUCCCACCAAAGAUUACAUUGGGCAGCCGUGUGAAAAUCAGAACCGGACACAGUGUGUAGGGAAUGGUAGCAAGCCCCCUUCAGCAAAGCACGGGGCUGCUGCUCGUGGUCAUAGCUUGAGAUACAUGGCAUAAUUGCAGCUUUGUUCUCAAAGAAAUAUAUUCAAAAUGAAGUAGUUCCAAUUCUAUAAAAUCAAAAGGCAGAGUAGAGCAAAACAUGAAGUGAAGCAGUCUUCUUGUUUGGGUGCAUUAUUGUUAGUGUAGCAUUUUAUAAAAAUUCAGAGCAUAACUUUUGGAGGAUGUGCUCAUAAACACCCUCCCUCCCCUAAUUUAAGAAAAAAAGAAAUUAUAAAGAUUUAUUAGCACUCUCGGAAAAAAUCCAGCUACAAAGAUUUUCAUUUUGUGCAGAUCUCUGGGUUUUUUUCCCCGUGGAUUAAGGGCUUAGGGGAGAAGUAGCUGCCAAAUGGUUUUAUAGGUGUCUAUAAAACCAAAAAUUUUAAUGUAGUCGAAACUCUAUAGUGAGUAACUGUGAAGGACAUCAAAGUUAAAUCUUCCUUAAGCAACUUUUUGCCACUUACUCUUACAUAUAAAUUCCGAUGUAAAUGAUUCAGAAAAGGACUGUGAAGCUAAAUUUACUUCGGUGUCAUGAAGAACUGCAAACUUGCAUGCAAACUACUUCUGUUUUAUUUAAAGCUGAGGCCUCCAGUCAGUACUUGAAAAGCCUGGCUUCUGCUCCCAUUGGCUUCCCUGGGAUUUGGAUCCAGCCCAAAGUACUGCGGGAAGGUAGGGGAAGUGAUCUAGGUUUAAUUGUCUAUUCUGUUCAGAGUCUUGUGUUACGGGGUUAGGAUAACACGGCACUGUGAUGAACGUUCAUCUGUCAAGAGUUCAAAAUCUGCUGUCUAUGCGCGGCAGUAAUUAAAUCACCUGAAUUGUUUUUCAUGAUUCUUUUUUUUUAAGAGAGGGAAAAUUACUUGCCUUGGAUUAGCAUAUUGCCAAAGACUGGUAUAAAUAUUUAUGGGCUGCACUCUUUGAAUAGAAAGCCUGUACAUUCUUCGCAGGUCUCCAUAGUUCUCUUACUCUGAACAGAGAAGAGUAGUCAUUUGAAUGCACUACUUACCAUCACUUCCCCCUCUGGUAAAGCUUCAGUAGGUAUCGGGCUUGACAGUAAAAAAGGUAAGUGGUUUAGAAAAAAGCAUCUCUUGCAACAUACUGAUGGUAUUUAAUUUCCUGUGCAAACUGCAGAAUCCUUUGAAGGUGCAUAUGUUUGUGAAACAGGUUUGAGAGUUGUGAGGUUUUUUCCUCUUAGAGUUGUAGAAAAUACACAGCAUUGGAAGAAUUACUGGCUUCUCUCUCUUUUUUCCUGCUUCCACAUUAAGGGCUCAUGGACUAUUCUUAUAUUAUAAAAUACUGACAAAAGAAAGAAUGUAAACGUUCAGUAAAAGAUCUACACACCUUCUUUUUUUAUAAAGGUCAUCGAGCAAAACAUCCCCAAGAGUAUGAAAUAAUUAUGCCUGCGUUAAGAACCGUGGAACAAAGCGAACAGUUUACUCCUGACUUGAAUAAUGCCAGGAUUUCACUGUAGAUCAUGAUGGAAAACUCAGGAAAACAGUGAGCGCACAGCUCUUUCAUGACUCUGUUUAUGUGUACGUACGGUCCUUGCUGGGUAUCUGGAGAGAUGCAUUUGUAUUGCAUUACGGGGAGUAAGUUGAGGGGCUGGUGCUUCUCCAUAAAAUUAUUCUUCUACCUGCUGAUGUUAGGGGGUGAAAUUAAUGCUUUUAAUGCCUGGAAACUUGGUGAAGUUUUACAUAGAAAUACCUUUCUGGAAAUGUGAGUAGUAAGUUAAAAUCCUUCUUGCCCUAUUUCAACAUUGUUAUGUAAAGUGUUCACAUGUGAAGUGUUCACAGGCCGCUUCUCUUGGGUUGCUUUCCCCCAGGACAGCUAGACCUCAGACAUAUCUGGGCAUUUUGAAACGGAGCUUUCAAUUGCAAUAAAAUCUCCUGAGAAGUUGUAACACACAACAGAAAUGCCUGUCCUUUUAAACGGUUACUAAUAUAAAGCAAAUUGUUCUUUUUUUUUUUUUUUUAUUUCAGAGUGCUGUUUCCAAGUUUAUACUGUAAAAGUCACGACGAACUUCAGUAUGUUGUAAACAUCCUAAUUUUGGUGUAUACCGCUGAGGUUAAUGGUUUGCUAAAAUGUUGAGAUCAGGAACAGACAAACAUUUUUAAUAUAAUACAAAAGCAAGCUUGUUUUGCUAAGACAUUGCAGCUUUAGUAAAGAUAUUUAUUGAGCUCCCUUCUAUUCUAAGGAAAAGGGCUAUACUUUUUAUAAUGGUGGACAUCGGACAUAAGUCACGGGAUCAUUCCUUUGUGUUUUAACUAUUCCUGUUGUUCACACUGCUUUGACAAAAUCCAGCAAAGCUCCUGACAACGUGCCAAGUGAGACAUUUAAUGAGUAUUGCAACGUAAACGGAACGGGUGAAGCGCAGAAGGUGCAGCUGCAAGAGCACGGCAGCCCUGAGGCUGCACCAGGGCGCCAGCUCUCGGGUACGCCGUCUCCAUCAGGGACAAUGGGCAUAUGCCUAGCCAAGGGUGAGGACAGGGCAAGUGGAUACAAACAUAAUCCUAAAGGCAUCCCAGCCUACAAAUAUUAUUUCUGGGCUGGGCUUUCUAAGCUAGAUGUGGUUUUGAAGUAUUUUCCUUCCGUAGUUUGUAGGACUUCGACAAUAAAAGCAUUUGGUAAGCUAUGUUUUUAUACAGAACUGGGUGCGUUAAUUUACUUAAAAUGCACAUUAGGCACAGAAAAAACCAAUAUUUCUAGGUAUCUCCCAAUCACGUACAACUGAUAUGCACAUAACUAACACUAACAGAAGGUGCACUUACACACGUGUUGGUGAGGAAAGGAAACAUAUAGACCUGUCCGGAAGAGGGAGGGAAUGGACAUGUAAAAUGCAGUGAUUUUGUGGGGUUUGAGUAGUCAAUGCUAAUACCUUUGCUAGCUUUGCACUUUUGUUAACAAGUUAGAUAGUGUUGCACAAGCUUUUUGGUCCUUAGCAGCAGAAGUUUUCUUAUGUUACUUCUAAUAAGUAAUGUAUAAAUACUGUAUGGUAAGCUGAUGGUUAAUUUACAGUAAGAACUAAUUUUUCCUUGCCUGAGAAAGUGAGCUGUCUUAACCGCUGCACUAUGGAUUGGAGAGAGAGGGAAAUCAGAGCCUGAUUUUUAUUUUUAUUUUAUAUUUUUCUUGAUGGGUCCUCUCUCUAGAAUGUAUCCUGAUGGUUACUAAUGCUCCUUUGCAAGUAUAAAUAGCUAAAGGAGAGAGAAUCUGAGUGGUAACCUUGAGAGAGAAAGUAGGAGCACAAGGCACGAAUGAGGAGUCCAGUAGCAUACCGACCACCAAAACUUAACAACAGAAUUUGCAGGUGUUAAUGGAGAAGUAAUCUCUUCAUACUUUUGAGGGAAUUACUAAGAAAUUUCAGAUUUACAUGACUGCACGCCUAUACGACAGCACGUGCCAUCUACAGCUGUAUUCUUGGUGGAAACUGAACAAAAAAGAACUUCACUGGAAAGGUACUGGUAUUUUGGAAGAAAUGAUUAUGUAUUUAAAGGGCCUCUGGAAACAAACAUUUUUUUCGCAAACAUGGUGAAAAGUUUGAUUUAAAUAGUAAAAAUGUUACUAAUGGAGUUAUCCCUCUUUAUAAAUUAGGGCUAGACUAUUUAUAAGGAAGUUUAUUUUGUUUCCUGGCGUACAUUUGCAGAUCUUGAAUUGGUAUGCAGUGCUUGUUCCAGUAAUUUAGCUGUUUUAAACAAAGAUUUUGCAUGUACUGUUUGAGGGACCAAGUUCCUUAGAGUAUAAAACUGGCAGCCCUUCCAAGCCUGUGUCCUCUAGAAGUAUAAGACUGUAACAUUUCUUUGAGUUCACUGGAAGCUUAAAUAGUAAUUAAACCUUUCUUCCUCUGCACUGUCACCAUUAACUAAGUGUACUUAAUUAUCCAGUUGUGAAUGUGGAGAUUUAAAAUACAUAAUCUGAUGUAUUUUUUCUAUUAGAAUAAUUACGUUCCACUUUAAUAAAAUGUCCACUAAAAGCAAUUUACAUUGCAAUACUUACCUACCUAAUAAGAGGAGAGUUAUUACUGUAUUUGCUUUUUAUUUGAAAGUGAGAAUGGAGGCUACAUUUGUAGCUUCAGGUAGUUACAGUAGCUUAUUCUGUACACUAUAUUGUUAAUAGAAUGCAUUACUACAUAUUUCAAUCUAUCUGUACAAAAUUAUAAAAUACACUUUAAAUGGUAGCGAGAAAUGGGAGCUUGUUCUAAAUCAGACACUUUGUCUAUCCUCUGCUUUAAUAACGUUAUCACACAGCAUCAACAACACAAAACAACAGAAGUUCUAAACAGAGAUGAAUUUUGGGAAGCAAGAAAAACAAGGGGAGGUUUUUAAAGGCCAGUGUCGUAGAACUACUUUUGAGUUUCUGUUUCUCUUCUUAAAAAAAACCCCACAACAAUUCCCUGAAAAAAAGGAAGCUUUCUUCUGUAUGCCAUUAAAAAAGCUUAGUACUGCUUUAAUUUU